CGUACCCUACGUCGUAGACUCUGCGUCGAUUUAACGCAGAACCAUAAUUCAGACGUAAACCAGGACGAAGAUGGCGGCAGCGGGGGGAGAGUCUUCCCAUAGUGUGUCGGAUGAAUUAUUUCAAAACUUUUACACGGAGGUGAAGCAGAUUGAGAAGAGAGACUCGGUAUUAACUUCAAAGCAGCAGAUUGAGAGACUGCUCAGACCUGGAGCCUCCUACUUCAAUCUAAACCCUUUUGAGGUGUUGCAGAUUGAUCCUGAUGCUACAGAUGAUGAAUUGAAGAAAAGAUUUCGUGCGCUGUCCAUUUUGGUCCAUCCAGACAAAAAUCAGGGCGAUGUAGAGCGGGCGCAGAAAGCCUUUGAAGCUGUGGACAAGGCCUACAAGCUCCUGUUGGAGCCCGAGCAGAAGAAGAGAGCUUUAGAUGUGGUCCAUGCGGGGAAAGAAUAUGUGGAACACAUGGUAAAAGAGAAAAAGAAACAGCUGAAGAAAGAGGGGAAAGCACAGAUCGUAGAGGAGGAGGACCCUGAACUCUUCAAACAAGCCGUGUACAAACAGACCAUGAAGUUGUUUGCAGAGCUUGAAAUCAAACGGAAGGAAAGGGAAGCAAAGGACAUGCAUGAAAGGAAAAGGGCACGAGAGGAGGAAAUCGAGACGGCAGAAAAGGCAAAGCGGGAUAGAGAAUGGCAGAAAAACUUUGAGGAAACAAGAGACGGGCGGGUGGAUAGCUGGAGGACCUUCCAGGCUAAAGGAAAGACCAAGGAGAAAAAGAACCGCUCCUUCCUCAAGCCCCCAAAAGUCAAGAUGGAACAGAGGGAAUGAUGCCGGAAAUGGGGACUUGACUAAAAAUAUACUUUGUAAAAAAAGAAAACAGACAAAAAAUCUUGUUGCUGUUCUGUGUACCCUCACCUCGUCGUCUUUGGUCAUCUGUGUACUUGUCAUCACACAGUCGUCAGGAUCUGCGUCAUGUGACAGCUUCCUUCUGACAAAUGUAGUUUUGUACUUGGUUUUCUAAUGUACAUAUUUGUGAUCUGGAGCCAGAAAUCAUACCUUCCUUGUUUAAGAAAGAGAAAUGGUGCAUCUUCCACUAAUGUAACUUGAGAAGAAAAAUGAUGUUCAUUUUUUUUCUUUACUUUUUUUUUAACAUUAAUAAAGGUCUUAACAAGC